AAAUAUUUCCAACCGGAUUGUAUAUUCAGUUAUUCAACUUAGGGUUACACUGGUUAAGAUUUUGUUGUUUUGAUUACAUUGAUUUUGAAAUGGGAAAAGAAGGUAUUUUUUUUAGAUCACCGCCCAAGUCUAUCUAAACGGCAAAAGCUACCGCACUCUUCUAACAUGCCUCUCAACGGAAAAUCUCCGCUCACUCAGUCUACUUCAAGUUCUGUGCCGUCUGUUGAGCAGGAUAGCUCAAAGGUACAGACGUGCAAUGUCAACAUACUUGAAUUUCCGUACAUUCGCACGAGAACAACUUUGACAAAAAAAUUAGCAAAUAUUACUACAUCCCCCAACGCUUGUAAAAAAAUUAAAAGGCGACGCAAUAGCGAAACUUCUAGUGACGAAGAACGAUGGCUUAAUGCAAUAGAAACAGGAAAGCUGGACGAUGUUGAUGAGGAAAUGAAGAAAAUCAAGGACCCGAAGCUGAUGACAGCUCGUCAACGUGCCUUGUAUGAUACAGAUACAAGUGGCUUUGUUGAAGAGUUAAUUGCACUUCCAAGUGGUUAUAAGGAAAAGGAAAAACCACAAACGGCGGAGGAAAUUCACAGAGCUGUUCUUAAAUCACAGAAACGCAAACAACAAGCUGACGAACGGCGAGAAAAGGAUAAACAGAAAACGAUGGAGCGCUUGUUAAAAAAACAGGAAUCCAACAAACAGCGCUCUUCAUUUCGCAAUAAGCAAUCACUUAAAUCCUCAUGUCCAAAAAUAACCUAUAUAAGUGCCAGAAAAGGUAACUAUAUAGUUGUUCCACCAGGACACGAGUUUCUUCUAAAAGCACAAAUACCUCUCAAACCGCCAUCCUCAAAAUUGUGCUACGUUAGGGGCUGUGGAAAUCGAAAGGCUUACAACUGUUCAACCACAAAAGUUCCUUUAUGCAGUCUCACAUGUUAUCGUAAGAAUAUUUUAAGCAAUUCCAACCAAUAA